GGGCACGAGUCUUCCUGUAGAGCGGAAAAGAAGAAGAGAAAAACAAAUGGCGCGCUACUGGAGUAACUUGUCACUUGGUUUAAAUUUAAUUUAUUUUAGCGACUUUAACAUCGUUGUAUUACAUCCAAAAAAAAAAAAAAGCCGACUAGAAUAAAUGAUUAUUUCUUCGAGCUUUGUUAAGGGAUUGUGGUUGUCUCUGGGGUUAGACUUAAGAGUAGGUGAAUUUUAUAGUGUUUUGGGGCAGCUCUUUACAUGUGAUCAGUGUGUUCUGGUUGAAAAUGCCUCUUAUUAAGCUCAGAGGAGUCACUGUGGACUUUCCCUUCACUCCAUACCCGUGCCAGGAGGACUACAUGAGCAAAGUCAUCGAGUGCCUGCAGAAUAAAGUCAAUGGAGUUCUUGAAAGUCCCACUGGCACUGGUAAAACGCUCUGCCUGCUGUGUUCAACCCUGGGCUGGAGAGAGAACUUCAAAGACACCAUCUCUGCCCGCAAGAUAGCAGAGAGAAUGGGCGGUGCGGAGCUGUUCCCUGACAGACCAAUGUCAUCGUGGGGAACAGCAGCCACUGACGGAGACACUCCAACUUAUUACACGGACAUCCCCAAGAUCAUAUAUGCUUCCAGGACCCAUUCCCAGCUUACACAGGUCAUAAAUGAGCUCAAGAACACAUCAUACAGGCCAAAGAUUUGUGUUUUGGGAUCUAGAGAACAGCUCUGCAUUAACCAGGAAGUGAUGCGUCAUGAGAGUAACCACAUUAAGGUCCACAUGUGCAGAGCAAAAGUGUCGUCCCGCUCCUGUGUCUUCUACAACAAUGUUGAUGAAAAAAGCACUGACAAAGAAAUAAUUAAUUCUAUCCUGGAUGUGGAAGAUCUUGUAAAAACAGGCAAAAAGCAAAGAGUUUGUCCAUACUACCUGUCACGCUCACUCAAACAACACGCUGAUGUCAUCUUCAUGCCUUACAACUAUCUGCUUGACCCAAAGAGUCGAAGAGCACACAACAUAGAGCUGAAGGGAGCUGUGGUUAUUUUUGAUGAGGCUCAUAAUGUUGAGAAGAUGUGUGAAGAGUCCACCUCGUUUGACCUCAGCCCUUAUGACCUGAUUUCUGCCAUUGAAGCCGUGGAUCGACUGCUGCGGGAACAGGCCUCAGACAUUAGCAAAGCAGAUUCUGCUGAAAAUUUUAAUGUGGAAUCACUGAAUUCUGGAUUGAAACUGGAUAUUACCACAAUUGCAAAAAUAAAACAAAUUUUGAUGGAUCUGGAAUCUUCCAUUAACGGUUUUGAGAUGCCAGCAAAUAAUCAAGGAAUCACCAAACCCGGCAGCUUCAUAUAUGAGCUUUUUCAAACAGCUAAUGUGAACUUUGAAACUAAAAAUGCUAUAGUGGAAGCCAUGGAGCAGAUCACAGGAUAUUUAGCAGGAAGGCCUGGUGUAUUUCUGAACACCAGCGGACUACAGAAAGUAGCAGACAUAAUCCAGCUGGUGUUUGGAGCUGAACCUACAGAGGGCAGCAAGAAAUCACAGAUGGAAAGCAGCAUGAAGGAGUUUAAGGUCCACAUUCAUCCAGACACCAACAACUUCAAAAAGAAACAGAUGACUGAUGUAUGGGCUUCCUCCUCUACCAAGAAACAAGGGAAUGUGCUGAGUUUCUGGUGUUUUUCUCCGGGGUUCAGCAUGCAGGAGUUGCUAGGACAGGGAGUACGCAGCAUCAUUCUGACCAGUGGAACUCUCUCGCCGCUCUCAUCCUUCACCUGUGAAAUGCAAAUUCCUUUCCCUGUAUCCUUGGAGAAUCCUCAUGUCAUCCAGCGUGAUCAGAUCUUCGUCAGUAUCAUUGAAAAAGGUCCGGACGGCGUGCAAUUGAGCACAGCCUUUGACAGGAGGUUUGUUCCUGAAAACAUGUCGUCUAUGGGAAACACUCUUGUCAAUCUGACACGGGUGGUGCCUCAUGGACUGCUGGUGUUCUUUCCCUCGUAUCCGGUGAUGGAUAAGACUCUGGAGUUCUGGAGGGCUAAUGGACAUGCAGAUCGCAUUGAAAAUGUGAAGCCCAUGUUUGUAGAACCGAGGGGUAAAGGCACUUUUACUGAGGUGAUUGAUGGUUAUUAUGAUAAGGUGAAUGACCCAAACUCUAGUGGAGGCAGCUUCUUUGCUGUAUGUAGAGGAAAGGCAAGCGAAGGGUUGGAUUUUGCUGACACAUAUGGUCGAGGGGUUGUGAUCACUGGACUUCCCUUCCCCCCCAGGAUGGACCCCAGAGUGGUGCUUAAAAUGCAGUAUCUGGAUGAGAUGUGCAGAAAAAAAAUGAGUGGAGUGAAGUAUCUGUCUGGGCAGGAGUGGUACAGACAGCAGGCCUCUCGAGCUGUGAAUCAAGCCAUUGGCAGAGUGAUUCGCCACAGAGAAGACUACGGAGCCAUCUUCCUCUGUGAUCACAGGUUCAGAGGCACCGAAGCCCGUAAUCAGCUUCCUUCUUGGGUGAGGCCAUAUGUUAAGAUUUAUGAUAACUUCGGUACCAUGGUCCGUGAUGUGGCUCAUUUCUUUCGGACGGCGCAGAAAACUAGACCAGUUCCUGUUACGAAAGGAAAAGCAGAGGGCAGUAAGAAUCAGGCAGACACCAGGCCACUCAACACAGGCUCCAGCUGUCCUGCUAAGAGUGUCUGGCUCAGCGACACCUCUCAAAAGGCCAAAACUCUAGACUCACAUGUCCCCAGCCUAAAAAGAAGAAAAUUAGAUUCAGAAGAGCACUCUGGAAGGGAUGGGGCAGCCAGACUUUGCAUUCAAUAUGAGAUGGAGAUGACUAGUAAAAGGAAACCUGUCAGCCUGCUGGACGCCCUGGAUGACACAACCAACAAAGGAGGAAGGGAAGACACCAUGGUUGGGGAAGAAAGGGCGAGUCGCUUGUCUACUCUUUCCCUCCAGCAUGACAAACGUCUGGAUGAUGAAUCGAGGGGUGGGAAACGGAAAAUUAAAGUGGUUCAAGAGCGGAAAACAAUGGCUUCCUGUACUGCGAAAACAGGCAAAGCUUUCAUGAUAGAGCUGAGACGAUGCCUGAGUCAUGAGAACUUCAAGCUCAUCAUGGAAGCGCUACAGUCAUACAAGACAACUGAUGACCUGAGUAACCUUCUGGCUAAUGUGGCUGAACCUCUCAUACAAGAUCACAACACACACAGUCUGCUCAGAGGUCUUUAUCAGUUCAUCCGACCACACCAUAAGAAAGAGUUUGAUGAGCGUUGCUUGGAGUUAACAGGUGAAGGUUGUGGCUAUAAACAAGAGCAUUCACUGUCUAGGGAGGAGCGAGAGGCUCUUGGGCAGAACUCAGCGAAAGCUGAGAUGUCACCUGUAAAUCCACCCAACGAGCAACUGAAUUCGAGUCGACAGCUGAACCAAGGUGGCCCUCACUUGGGAACCGUAGAACUUAAUGGAGGGGAUGGUAAAAUUGGAGUGAAUGCAAAAAGUGAAGACCAGAAGCCCCAAACAUCCAUCAAAGAAGGUCUAUCGUGUUCCUCUCUGCUGUCAGACAUAAAACAGGCCAUCGGUGCAGAAAAAACCCGGCAGAUGUUUUUAGCCUUGCAGGCGUAUAAAACAUCAAACAAUUAUGAACAGAUGGUGUCAACCGUUGUGAGUUUAUUGACUGAGAGGGAUGAAGACAUCGCUCUACUAGAACGUUUAUCUGUGCUCAUUCGACCACAGCACAGGAAGCAGUUCGGUGAGCUGUUAAAAUCCUUGACUGGAAAUGAUUCUAUAGCAAAUCACGAUUCAGACAUGGGAUUAAGUCCACCAAAUCAAGCAUCUCAGUUAUCUGCAGGAAAGACUCAAAGCAAGAUAUCAUCCUUCUUUUCUUGAAUGCUGCUAGGACUGAGAUAUUGAAUCAAUAUCUCUAUAUUUUUUUACAUAUGCGAUGCAUGAAGAGAUUUAUGCAGGAGAGUGAUUAAAAAAAAUGAAUUAACUGACUUAAAAAUAAAUGAAUUAAAUGAAACUGACGUGUAUAUGCAUUUUUCAAUAAAUUCUUUACAUGAAAUAAAUAAAUGGCUUUUAUACUUCAA